AUGGACCCGGCGCUGCUGGUCGCGGCCGCCGCGCUCCUCGCCGCGCUCCUCUUCUUCGCCAUCCGCCUGUGGGRCCAGGCCAGGGCAGCUGACGAGGAGCAGCAGCAAAAUGUGGCGGCGGCGGCGGCAGCACCGGUGGCCAGAGCUCGGCCCCAAGCCGACGAGCGAGGGGACGGGAUGCCCAGGCGCCGAAGGAACCUGGGCAACAGGAUGAUGGCCCAGAGGAGAGCACAGCAGGCCGAGGACUGGGAUGACGAGGAAGAGGAUGGUGAGGAGGUGCCAGAAGUUCAGGUGUCUGGAAAAAUCGGAGCAAAGAAACAGAGGAAAUUAGAAGAGAAACAAGCCAGAAAAGCUCAGCGAGAGGCUGAAGAAGCAGAGCGAGAAGAACGGAAAAAACUUGAGUCAAAGAGAGAGGAGGAAAGGCGGAAAGAAGAGGAGAGAAUACGUCUCGAAGAAGAACGACAGGAAGAGGAAAAAAGGAAAGCAAAGGAGGAAGAGGAGAAGAGAGAGUAUGAAGAGUACCUGAAGCUGAAGGAGAGUUUCGUAGUUGAGGAGGAGGGCGUUGAGGAGUCAAUGACAGAGGAAGAGUCUCGAAGCUUUCUAAUGGAAUUUCUCGAGUAUGUCAAGAAAGCAAAAGUGAUUCAGCUGGAAGAUUUGGCUUCUCAUUUGGGCUUACGAACACAGGAUGCAAUUAACAGAAUCCAGGACUUGAUGGCAGAUGGCACUUUAACAGGUGUGAUUGAUGACAGAGGGAAGUUCAUCUACAUCACYCCGGAGGAGAUGGCUGCGGUGGCUCGCUUUAUCAAGCAGAGAGGACGGGUCUCCAUCGCCGAGCUGGCCCAAGCCAGCAACUCCCUGAUCAACCUCCAGCCUGAGAGCGGAGCUGUCGCUCAGGCAGUGGCAUGAAAGUGCAGCUCGAAAACACAGCACGAGUUUAACCUGGUAGCGAAUAAGCCAYGUGAUUAAAACCAAACAAACCCCCCCCAUCCCAUUCACAGUUACUUCAGAUAAGACACUUUUUUAAGCAUUAUCUGCAAGACUUCACUAAGGUUUUGCUUUUGAGUCUAUGAGAGAGUUGAUCUAAAACUGGACUGUCAUUUGUACAGCAGAUGCUGGUGAAGAAUUUGCAGCUCAGCCACCCUGCUGCGCCUGUACCCCACAAAUUGCAGCAAUUUGUACCUACCUGGUCUUUUUUUAACCUUAGCAGGUAGUCCCAUGUGAACAUCCCAAACUUCUCGUUGUUUCUACAUUCCGGUGUUGGCAGCGAAUGCAUCAGGUCCUGAUUGCAUUCAGCCUUCUCCAGGCUUGCUCUGAACACGCUGAGCUGAGGAAUUUAGUGGCAGUGACGAAUACAGCCUGGAACAAUAGGUCGGGGGGGCUGAGGCUUGCAGACUUUGUCUCUGCGUCAACACUGGGAGGGCACAGGAAAAAGAAAGAUCAAAUUUGCUACUGAAAUGAUAAAACCCUAGGGAGUGGCAGUUGGAAGGGCUUUCAAAGGCAAUUUCAGAAAACUUUUACCAUUUAAGCGCUUUUGCCAUAUAAAAAACUGUUUGGUUUGAUUUAUAUAAUACCAGAAGYUUGCUUGCGGCCAAGCUGUGAUUGUGUCUGUUGCCAAAAGACACAAACGUCUCCAGGCAGAGGCACAUCCCCCUCAUUCGCUGUGUGGGCCAGUUCUGCUGAUACCAGCUGGAUUCUGAGGCUUCAUCUUUGGAAGUAAGAACCAUCUCAGUGACCUUCAAGGCCUCACAGCCCUGUGUUUAAUAAUCUACAAAAAAAGAGACAAGCCAAUUUGGGGGAUUGUGAAUCAUACAAUUAAGGUUACAAGUAAAUGAUCACUAAUAGCUUUUGUAAUUUUAGGGCUCAGUUAAUUUCCUGCCUAGGAAAUACUUAUUUUUUUUAAUAGCCUCRUUGAUGCUGGGUUAUUUUUUCCGUUCUGAAAUGAAGAGAAUCUAUCAGGAAAUACAGCAGCAAGGUGAGGGUGAAUUGGCUUGUGUCAUCCAUGCGAGGAGAGAGCAAUAAAAGAAUGGGAGCAGGCAGGUUUUCUGUGAAACCUCAGUGCUGCUGCUGAAUGUGCAGGGUGACGGGGCAGCAGCAGCGUGAAAAUUGGCAUGUCUGGAAUGCACUGCCAGGCACUUACCAGCAAAGUGGCUACCUGGUAUCUGAGGCUUAUCUCCAAAUUAUUCAGAAUUUGAUUUUUGC